AUGGCCGGCCGGUGGAGGGCCCGGGCCCAAGUGCAGGACACCAGCGAUUCAGCCGUCGCCAAAGGUUCCCUAACACCCAUCAUGGGAAACGAUGCUGAAAACAUGAAAUGGCCUGCGCAUCUGCAAGACGACCUUGAUAACCAACAUGUUAUUUCUGAGGUUCACGGGACAGACUCUGAACCACUCAUCGAUCAGAUUAGGGCAAUACUGAGAUCAGUGAACGAUGGGGACAUCAGCAUCUCAGCAUACGACACCGCUUGGGUUGCUUUGGUAUCCAGGCUGGACGGCGGCGAGGGCCCAGAGUUCCCAGCCGCCGUCCAGUGGAUCGUAAACAAUCAGCUCCCGGAUGGCUCCUGGGGCGAUGCGGACUUGUUCUCUGCCUACGACCGUCUGAUAAACACGCUUGGGUGUGUUGUCACACUCACAAAAUGGUCUCUUGAACCUGAAAUGUGCAACAAAGGGCUCUCUUUUCUCAAUCAGAAUAUGUGGAAGUUAGCGGUGGAAGACGAAGAGUCAAUGCCGAUAGGUUUCGAGCUUGCAUUCCCUUCUCUCAUUGAAAUAGCUAAGAGUUUGGGCGUUGACUUCCCUUAUGAUCACCAAGCUCUACAGGGAAUAUACUCGAGUUGUCAUGAUUUGUGA